GACCCAAUAAAUCUUCACUUUUACAGAAUCUGGUGUUAGUACUGAUAUCUGGACUUGCUACGGUGCAAGGAUUAUGAUCAUAUCUGUAAUCCCAUUUUUAGUCGUUCAAAUACCACAAGCUCUCAGUUCAACUUCAGGGAGGCGCUUAGCAAUCUUGAUUGGGCUUAUUGUCUCUCUUCUACUAUUGGUUUCUUAUUGCAUUUAUCAGGUCCUUCAGCCUUGGAUCCAGAGGAGAAAAUUUUCUUAUGUGAAGCACAAGCAUGUUAUAGUUGGACUUCUAAAGAAUCUUAGACAACGUGCACUUGGAAGGCUGCUCAAGGAUAAUGGUGAACCUGACGAAGACGUUAUUGACAAGCUGUUUUCUGCAAUUGACACAAAUAAGGACGGAAAUAUUUCAAAAUCUGAAUUGAGAGCAUUGAUUGUUGGGAUUGAGUUUGAAGAGAUUGACCUGGAUAAAGAGGAUGCUGUAGAUAAAUUAAUGAAAGAUUUUGAUACGUCCCAUAAUGACGUCAUUGAUAAGGGUGAGUUUGUCCAGGGCAUUAAAAGAUGGCUAAGGAAGUUGAAGUGGAGGCGGCCUGCCUCUGGUGAUCCUGGUCCUCACACAAUGCAUUUUUUCAAUGAUGUUCACCACGAAAUAAAAAGAGAGGAAGAUUUGUUGGAUGUGGGGGUUCAAAGUGAUGAAGUUGUCGAGGGUGUUGAGGGUUCCAAGUGGAUCUCCAUCAAAGCAGUGCUGUUAUUGGUUCUGGGAACUCUCAUUGCUGCAGCAUUUGCCGAUCCCCUGGUAGAUGCUGUUGAUAACUUUUCUGAUGCCAGUGGUAUUCCUACUUUCUUCAUCUCGUUUAUCGCGCUGCCUGUGGCUACCAACUCUAGUGAAGCUGUCACAGCAAUUAUAUUUGCUAGCCGUGAUAAGCGGAAAACUGCCUCAUUAACAUUUUCUGAGCUAUAUGGGGCAGCAACGAUGAAUAACGUCCUCUGCCUCUCAGUCUUCUUAGCCCUAGUUUACUUAAGGGAUUUGACAUGGGAUUUCACCGCUGAAGUGCUGGUUAUUCUAAUUGUCUGCAUUGUGAUGGGUGCCUUGGGCAGCUUCCGCACUGUUUACCCUCUCUGGACAUCCAUUGUAGCUAUCCUACUUUAUCCAUUCUCCCUGGCGCUGGUUUAUGUCCUUGAUUACGUUUUAGGAUGGUCAUAGAUUCACGGAUGCCUUCAAAGUUUGAGUUGUGGGUAUUACAUUUCCUGCAGGAGGAUUCACAGUUAUUUAUUUUACUCAGUUGUUGUUGUUGUUCAUCGUAUGAUACAUAUGUGUAUGAGACUAAUAUUUUGACUGUUUUGAGGAGCCUAGUAUGGGCAAUUUUUGUAGUUGUACAAUUAUUGCUUUCA